UGGAGAUGUCUCGCCGCAAGGAGAGACAGAGACUAGGCGUCGCGAUGGUACAGAAGGGGCGCGGCCUUAGUGGGAGGAGCGGGCGCUCCUCUGCCGCUGCUCAUCGACGGCACUGGUGGCUGCACUUCCGCCGCUAGGUGGUCUUCUCCUCACACGGAUUGGUUUCGGCAGCAGGUUCGAGUGAUUCCAGCGGCCUAGUUCAUCUAUGGCCAUUUGGGUUAGUCUCUUCAGCUUUGCUUAAUGAAAGUUCAGUGGUCAGCGGCCUAGCACUACUACUUUGGCAAAGCCUAGAUUAGAACUAUUCAGGAGAGUUCCUAAAUUUUUUAGGUGGAUGUCUUGAAUUCUGUUCUUCUGGAUUCUUGUUGACGGGAUGGGAAUGCAUUGAAUUCUAACAAAACAAUAUAGGCCACAAAGUUAAAAAAGUACUCCUACAUUGUAGGUUCCCACAAAUCAAUCAUAUAUGCAGCAACAAAAUAAUGUUGGUUUACAAGAUAGAUAGAUCAACAGUUGGAGAAGUUGUUACUUCGAAUGGGGUUGCUUACUCUCUCCCCUUAGUGACGGUCAUAGAAAUCGAUUGGUGGACAUGCCCUAAGCUAUAGGCUGAAAAGGAGGAGCCGCAAUCACUACCUCUGAAAGUCAUUUCAGACCAUCCUCUACCAUAUUCCAAACGGACGAGGAUCCUCUGAUGUACGGCAGCCUGCCGUUCUGUCACUGACAUGUGGGCCUUUUGGGAACCUGGCCCACAUGUCAGUGGCCCAACGGCACGUAGCGCACGGCAGAGGAGCGUCCUCCAUUCCAAACGAAUGUAACUUCUGGAUAUACAUUUCCUCUGUUUGAACUGCAUUAAUUGCAUUCACCGUCAGCGUAGCUAGCCGUUGAAGAUAUGUCAUUUGCACACAUAAACGUCAAGCUGUCCAUGUCGAAUACAGUCAACAAUGCAAUUAUGUUCACUUCCUGUUGACGCAUGGAAAACCAAGCAAUAAUCAACGUCCACGUGACAAGCAUUGAUAUUCUAUUCUUCUUUUGAGUGGAAUCAUCACAGAGAACCAGUCACAAUGAUCUGAAACCGAAAAUCUUAGACCGCAUCAAUCGCAGAACAUUAUGCCAGCCAGAUUGGACUCAGCCAAGGUCUUCGAUGCAGGUGAGAGGCAAGUGCAUAGGUGUGUUAGGCUGCUUCAAAUGUGUUUAUAAACCCCUGGAGAACCGAGCCAGAUGAGUACCCAACUCACACACCACCAUCACCGGGUUUUGGCGUUCUGCUCUCACACACCGGAGGUGCGCUAUUCUCUCUAUCUCCUUGACCAUAUUUUUUCGCCUGUGUGUGUCUUUCUGCCAGACUUGUGGGACUACUUCAGUUUACAUGAUCACUUGGCCUAUGCAGUCAUCUUCAUAGUACAUCGUGAGAUCAUGGCGAAUUCCAUGGUGCCAACGCUGCUACAUCGCCUGGUUCUCGUGUUGCUCCUCCUGCUGCUGCCUGUCCUUAAUUCCGGGCAAGCCGAGGGCUGCGCCACGCCUGCAGCAGCAGCACGCCGCGGCACUUCGCUGAGAUCCCAAGCUGGGGCACUUCUCCACUGGAAAUCAUCCGUCAAGUACUCGUCCAAGCACCAGCUGGGAACCUGGGGAGACGAUGGCAUGUACCCGUGCAACUGGACCGGCAUCACCUGCGGGGACACUCUGUCACGCAGAGGAACCAUGGGGAAGGUCAUCACAGGAAUUUCCCUUGAUGGCGCCGGCAUUGCAGGGCGACUGGACAAACUGAGAUUCCAGUCGCUCCCUUACCUUGUCAACCUCGAUCUCAGUGACAACUACCAUCUCUCCGGUGCCAUCCCUCCAGGCAUCGGCUCUCUUUCCAUGCUUUCCACCCUCAACUUCUCUGGUGAUCAGCUCAGCGGGCACAUACCUGCAUCAUUCUGCAACCUUGGACAGCUCACAGGGAUGGACCUCUCCAGCAACAAUCUCACCGGACAAAUCCCUCCUGCUUUAGCAGGUGUGAUUGCCUUUAUGAUUUGCCGCAAGAAAGUACCUCAAAAUACUGAUGUCGUGCGCAAAAGGGAUGUGUUCUCUGUAUGGAGCUUUGAUGGCAGAAUAGCAUUUGAAGAUAUUAUCAAUGCAACUGACAAUUUCGAUAAGAAACAUUGCAUUGGAGAGGGAUCAUACGGCAGUGUUUAUAAAGCAGAACUUCAAGAUGAACAAGUGGUCGCAGUAAAGAAACUCCAUGCAGGCGAUGAAGAGGCACAUGAUGAAGAAAGAUUCCGGCAUGAGAUUCAAAUGUUAACAACAAUUCGCCAACGCAGCAUCGUCAAGCUAUAUGGAUAUUGUUCUCAUCCGCGGUUCCGGUUCCUUGUGUGCCAGUAUAUAGAGAGAGGAAAUCUAGCUUCAACCUUAAGAAAUGAAGAACUAGCAAUCCAGUUCCACUGGCAAAGGAGGACAGCUUUAAUAAGAGAUCUGGCUCAAGCCAUCGCUUACCUCCAUCAUGAUGUUCACCCACCCAUAAUUCAUCGAGACAUCACAAGCAGAAACAUCUUACUAGAUACUGAUUUCAAAGCAUUUGUCUUGGACUUCGGUAUUGCAAGAAUGUUAAAACCUGAUUCGUCAAACUGGAGUGCACUAGCAGGGACCCACGGCUACAUAGCACCUGAAUGUUCCUACACUUCCCUAAUUACAGAGAAAUGUGAUGUAUAUAGCUUUGGCGUUGUGGUGCUUGAGGUGUUGAUGGGCAAACACCCUGGAGAUUUGCAGGCUUUUCAUUCUUCACUCGAGGACCAGUUUCUACUGGAAGAAAUUUUGGACAAACGACUUCCACAACCCGAAGCUGGAGAGGAAGAAGUGAGACGGUGCAUCUCUGUGGCAUUUGAGUGCCUAACUCCUUCACCCAAAGAAAGGCCAACUAUGCUGAAAGUUUAUCGAGAUCUUUCCAUCUGAAGUCACAUGUUAAAUUCUUCCAGAUGUAGCAUCUUAGCCUUGUUUAGUACUGAAUAAAACUUAGGCUAACUGUUAGAAUAAAUCCGAGGCAUACCAUUG